CUAAAACAUAAUACAGUGCAAACAAACCAAACCAACCACCCACAGAUAACAGUACAUACAAGCAAGCGUCGUCAGGUAGGCCGGGUCAAUAUCAAUAGGGCAGGUAGGUACAGGGGGAGCAAGCGGAGAUGGGUCGGGGUCACAGGCCAGGUUCAGCAGGUAGCAAGCAGCGUGGUACAGAGGGUCAGGCAGAGGAAUGGUCAGGAGCGAGCCGGGAUCAGAGCAGAGAGGAGAAGUCAGCAGCGUUCAGAUCAGGCAGGGUUAGCAAAGCAACAGAAACAGGAUGCAGGACAGAUACAGGGCCCAGGACAAACACAACACCAAGGCAGAGUCUGCAAGUCUGGCCAU